ACCACUGAGCGACCCCACCCCACCUCGUGGCCUAUCCCAACGGCGGGUUCCCGAGUUUGUGACAAAAAUCAACUCGUGAUAUCCCCAACGACUGAGGGCUUAUUCUCCAGGUUCAACCCUCUGGUGAGGUCCCCCAAUCUUUGUAGAGGACGGCGUUCUCUCCGCCGCUCGGUCACCCCACCCACCCCCACCUCCCGCUUGCUCCGCCCAGCCCCAAAGCGGCGGGCCGCUUGCCGCGCGCGGCGUGGUGCUUCCCUCUCCGCCACUUCCCAUCCACUCCGACCCCCGGCGGCGCAGCGGCGGCACCUGGGAAGUCUUUUACGUGGAAGGAGCCCAAAGAGGAAGGGGGCAGCUGGAGGUUGGCAGAGCUGGCUGGCUCUGCACGCCGGGGACUCCGAUCGGCGAGGCGGCAGCUAAGUUAGGUGAGGGGCGCGGAGUGAACCCCAUUCGGGUUGGCCAGGCCCAGAGUCCGCAUCGCAGCAGGUCAGAGAGGGCUGACCCCUUACCGAGUGGACUGCUGAGCAGGGAGUCAUGGCCACACCAUUCGUGACCGCGGGCGCUGUCACGGGUCACAGCGGAGGAGAGCUGAGCUCCGGGGAUGACUCCGGCGAUGUGGAAAUGCCCCAGACCCCCGAGACAGAGGCGUCCAGGAGCCUGACGGAGCUGUUUGAGAAGGCUGCAGCACACCUCCAAGGCCUGAUUCAGGUGGCUAGCCGAGAGCAGCUCCUGUACCUGUAUGCCAGGUACAAGCAGGUCAGAGUUGGAAAUUGCAAUACUCCUAAACCAAGCUUCUUUGAUUUUGAAGGAAAGCAGAAAUGGGAAGCAUGGAAAGCCCUUGGUGAUUCAAGCCCUACCCAAGCAAUGCAAGAAUAUAUCGCAGUAGUUAAAAAAUUAGACCCAGGUUGGAAUCCUCAGACAUCAGAAAAGAAAGGAAAGGAGGCAAGAAGUGGGUUUGGUGGGCCAGUUGUUAGUUCUCUAUACCAUGAAGAAACCAUCAGGGAAGAAGACAAAGACAUAUUUGAUUACUGCAGGGAAAACAACAUUGACCAUAUAACCAAAGCCAUUCUAUCAGAAAGUGUGGAUGUGAAUAUGAAAGAUGAAGAGGGCAGAGCUCUACUCCAUUGGGCAUGUGACCGAGGCCAUAAGGAACUAGUCACAGUUUUGCUACAGUAUAAAGCUGAUGUUAAUUGUCAGGACAAUGAAGGUCAAACAGCUCUUCACUAUGCCGCAGCCUGUGAGUUUUUGGAUAUUGUGGAGCUGCUGCUCCAGUCUGGUGCUGACCCAGCUCUCCGGGACCAAGACGGCUGCGUGCCAGAAGAGGUGACAGGCUGCAAAGCAGUUUCUUUGGUGCUGCAGCGGCACGUGGCUAGCAAGGCUUAAUCAAAAGCCUGGAAAACCAGUCUAAUGUAGGAUAGGGCUUCAAGGAUGAAAGAAAGCUGCAGAAAUAAUACUUCUGUCACCAUUCAUCUUUGGUAUGCAUUGGCUAAUAAAAUCAGUUCUGAGGAUUUGGGA